GUUGCGGGUUUGGAAUUGGGGUUGGGUUUGGGGUCAAGUAAUGCAAUGGUUUCAAAAAGAAUAUGCCAUUGUUUUGUUCCUCACAGACAUUCUCAGAUGCCAAGUGGUUAAGUUUUCUCUUUCUCUUUAUAUUGCACGCACUCCACAUGCUAUCAUUUCUAUUUCGCCUUCUCUUAGCGACACCAGAGUUUUGCUGGUGCUGUUCUCUAUAACUUUCUGGAACUCCUAAAGUGUACUUCAUUGCAAGAAUUUUAGUACACUAUAGUAAACUUUUUUUUUUUUGGUUAAAAGAUUGGAAUGGUCUCUGAUAAUAAGUCUGCUGGUUUCCUUGAUACACUCAAAAUGGAGAGGGUUAGAACUAUUCUAACCCCCACUUAUCCUUACCCUCAUGAGCAUUCCCGCCAUGCUGUAAUUGCUGUUGUUGUAGGUUGCCUUUUUUUCAUCUCAUCUGACAAUAUACACACUCUUGUAGAAAAAUUAGACAACAAUAUUAAGUGGUGGUCUAUGUAUGCCUGCCUAUUUGGGUUCUUUUAUUUCUUUUCAUCGCCAUUUAUAGGCAAGACUAUCAAGCCGAGUUAUUCAAAUUUCAGUCGAUGGUACAUAGCCUGGAUUUUAGUGGCAGCUGUGUAUCAUCUUCCUAGUUUUCAGUCAAUGGGGGUGGAUAUGAGGAUGAAUCUAUCUUUGUUUCUGACAAUAUAUGUCUCUUCCAUCGUGUUUCUUCUUGUCUUCCACAUUAUAUUUCUUGGUCUCUGGUAUAUUGGCCUUGUUUCACGUGUGGCUGGAAAGAGGCCAGAGAUUUUAACCAUUCUUCAAAACUGCGCUGUACUUAGCGUGGCAUGCUGUGUAUUUUAUAGUCAUUGUGGCAACCGUGCCAUUUUAAGACAAAAACCGGUUGAUCAAAGAAAUUCUACAUGGUUUUCUUUUUGGAAGAAAGAAGAGAGAAACACAUGGCUUGCGAAGUUUCUUCGGAUGAAUGAGCUAAAGGACGAGGUUUGCUCAUCUUGGUUUGCUCCAGUUGGAUCUGCAAGUGAUUAUCCUCUUUUGUCAAAGUGGGUUAUUUAUGGCGAGAUAGCUUGCAAUGGCUCCUGUUCUGGUUCAUCAGAUGAAAUUUCUCCCAUCUACUCACUUUGGGCUACAUUAAUUGGAAUUUACAUUGCAAAUUAUGUGGUUGAAAGGUCAACGGGAUGGGCUCUCACUCACCCGUUAUCUGUUAAAGAAUAUGAGAAGUUCAAGAAGAGGCAGAUGAAGCCUGAUUUUUUGGACAUGGUUCCUUGGUACUCUGGGACAUCUGCUGAUUUAUUCAAAACAGUUUUUGACCUUUUGGUAUCGGUAACUGUCUUCGUUGGGCGUUUUGACAUGCGUAUGAUGCAGGCAGCAAUGAGUAGGGUUCAUGAUGGCAGCAAUGGUGACCUUUUAUAUGAUCAUUUUAGUGAGAAGGAUGAUUUUUGGUUUGACUUUAUGGCUGAUACUGGUGAUGGUGGGAACUCAUCUUAUGCUGUUGCACGGCUACUUGCUCAGCCAGAAAUUCAUACGUUCAAAGAUGAUUCUGUGCUUACCUUACCACGUGGAAACUUGCUCCUUAUUGGGGGUGAUCUCGCGUAUCCUAAUCCAUCAGCAUUCACAUAUGAAAGGCGUCUUUUUGUUCCGUUUGAGUAUGCUCUCCAACCUCCUCCUUGGUAUAAACCAGAGCAGAUAGCUGUAAACAAGCCCGAGGUACCUUACGGGGCUCAAUUGAGACAGUACAAUGGGCCUCAGUGCUUUGUUAUACCUGGAAACCAUGACUGGUUUGAUGGACUCCAGACCUUUAUGAGGUAUAUUUGUCAUAAAAGUUGGUUAGGUGGAUGGUUCAUGCCCCAGAAAAAGAGUUAUUUUGCUUUGCAACUCCCUAAACGGUGGUGGGUUUUUGGGCUUGAUCUAGCACUUCAUGGUGAUAUUGAUGUGUACCAAUUCAAAUUCUUUUCAGAAUUGGUAAAGGAGAAGGUUCAAGAGAAUGACUCUGUGAUCAUUUUAACUCAUGAACCUAAUUGGCUCACUGACUGGUAUUGGAAUGAUGUCACUGGAAAGAAUAUUUCCCACCUGAUUUGUGAUUAUUUAAGAGGAAGAUGUAAGCUUCGAAUGGCUGGGGACUUGCAUCAUUACAUGCGUCAUUCUCAUGUAAAGUCAGAUGGGCCUGUCCACAUUCACCAUCUUCUUGUAAAUGGUUGUGGUGGAGCGUUUCUACAUCCCACACAUGUUUUCAGUAAAUUUAAAGAAUUUAAGGGAGUUUCCUACGAAUGCAAGGCUGCGUAUCCUUCUUUUGAGGAUUCGAGCAGGAUUGCAUUAGGAAAUAUCCUAAAAUUUCGAAAGAAGAACUGGCAAUUUGAUUUUAUUGGUGGCAUCAUAUAUUUUGUACUGGUCUUUUCAAUGUUUCCACAAUGUGAGCUGAAUCACAUUCUUCAAGAUGAUUCAUUUUCUGGCCACUUAAGGAGUUUCCUUGGUACUGUGUGGAAUGGGUUUAUAUAUAUCCUGGGACACUCUUAUGUUUCACUAGUGGGAGCUAUAGUAUUACUAAUUUCAGCAUAUUCUUUUGUUCCGACCAAAUUGUCACGGAAGAAAAGAGCAAUAAUUGGAAUUCUUCAUGUUUCUGCCCACCUUGCCGCAGCACUGAUUCUUAUGUUGCUUCUCGAAAUAGGCAUUGAAACAUGCAUCCGGCAUAAGUUGCUGGCAACUUCAGGGUAUCACACUUUAUAUCAGUGGUAUCGAUCAGUGGAAAGUGAGCACUUUCCUGAUCCAACUGGCCUCAGAGCUCGUAUUGAACAAUGGACAUUUGGACUUUAUCCAGCUUGUAUCAAGUAUUUAAUGUCUGCUUUUGACGUGCCAGAGGUCAUGGCUGUCUCUCGAAACAAUAUUUGCAAGAAUGGAUUAGAGUCUCUUUCUCGAGGGGGUGCCAUAAUAUAUUAUGCUGCUAUUUUUCUUUAUUUUUGGGUCUUCUCAACUCCUGUUGUUUCCUUAGUGUUUGGAAGCUACUUAUACAUUUGCAUCAACUGGCUUCACUUACACUUUGAUGAAGCCUUCUCGUCUCUCCGAAUAGCUAAUUACAAAUCAUUUACACGAUUUCACAUCAAAUCGGAUGGUGAUCUUGAAGUUUUUACUCUGGCAAUUGAUAAGGUUCCUAAGGAGUGGAAGCUUGAUCCUGAAUGGGAUGGAGAGACGAAGGAUGGGGAGACACAACAGUUGAACCAUUUGAGAAGGUUUCCCAGCAAAUGGAGGGCAACCACUGCUCACCAGGAUCCAAUUCAUACUGUCAAAAUUGUUGACCAUUUUGUUAUUGGACGAACAGAUACGGAUGAGACUGGUUCAUCAGCUAACGGGCCAGUUUAAUGAUCUAUUGAUCUGGUUGUCCUAUUUGUAACAUUAUUUAGGAAGCAUUUUAAAGAAAUGAAAAAAAUAACAGUAGUUUCCACACGGUUCUCUUUUCUUCUUUCUGAAAGUGAGAUGGACCGAAGCCGGGAAUGCAAAUCAGAUGAACGGUAAGGUGUAGUCGUUAGAUGUUGUUGUAACUGUAGUCGUUAGGUGUUUUAACGAUUGAGAUGAACGGUUGAGAUUGGUUAUCGGCUACCUGGUAAAUAGAUAAGUCGCUGAAAUUUGUUAAUGCAAAGUGGUCUCAAAAGAAAUACUGUUACGUACUUAACUGUUUGCAAAAACAUCUGUAUCUAUGCAAAUAUCAUAACUAAUUCCUGACCUUUCAACUCUCCUUCAAUUAGGACUUCUGGUUCAUUUGUUUUUGACAUUGAUUUACAACUGUUGGUUGGAUCAGUGGUGGGGCUUGGCUCUAUACAAGUGUUGAUCUAGUAACAGGAGGGGAUCGAUGGAAGUUUGUAAUGGGGUUCAGCUUCUAUGCAGAGGCAUGAGGCUAUGAGCAGUAGCGUGAUGGUGACCGGUUGCAAGGUGUGUUUUAGCUCAAGUAUGUAGGUGGCCGGUAAGGGACAAUGGGUAUUGUCUGGGUAUGGUUGGAGGUAGGGGUGACGGGGGCGAUGGUUUACUCCAUGAGUUUUAGGUGGUCUGGUUGUGACAGAGAAGGAUGGGGGUUGACGAUGUGGUGGUUUUGAGUUUGGAAGAGCUGUGUUUUUGGUUGGGUUUCAUGGGACGUGGGUGACAGGCAGGUGGUUUGGCAAAAUUGGUGGUCACGACAGAGGCUGCUCGUCGGAGGCAAAGGGCAGGGGUUGCAGGUGGAUGUGGCAAUGACACUUUCGGUGGUUGGUGGUGGUAGUUGUACAGCAGCUAUGGUCUGGCUAAUGCUGGUAACAUUCUCAAGGACAUGAAAAUUUGAACGCAAGUUGUUGAAGAUAACAUAUAAAAAUGUGUGGUUUAUAUUUUCUUUUCUCUCU